AUGGACUCUACAGGAGCCGGAGGCAAGUCUAGUUCCUUGCCCAUCGAUCUAUCAGAGGAUGGAGUAUACGCAGCCCAGCUCAAUGGCAAACAUCUCACCGUCCACCUCAACCCUCUCUCUUCAAACUUCCAGGAGGUGCAGAUCGUCAAGCUCAAAGACACGCCAUCGAGGUUCUUGAAAUUCACCCGGCCAAGUCCAGCAAAUAAGUCAGAUGCGAUUGAAGGCCAAGGGGAGGGCGUAGGAAGACGUCUCCUUUGUGCUAGCGAUGCGCGCAUUCUGGUUUGGGACCUCGAACCCCUGCAGCUACAUGCGGAGGUCGAAAACAUCGAACCAGGUGCUCUUACUAUCGAUUUCGGCGGAGACGAGAAUGAAGUUAUUGUUUUCCACUCGUGGAAUACGAAGUUAACAAUCCAUGCGCUAGACAGCGGUCGAAGCCAGGUUAUCAAGGCCCCUAAGUUCUCACAUUAUAAUGGCUUUGGCUAUCGACCGAAAACACGGCAGUUUGCUAUUUUACUAAAACCAGAAACAUCUGAUCUAUUGACGAUCCAUGAAUUUCGGUCAUACGAGCUCAUCAAAAGGGUCAAUCUUCCUACAGCAGAUGCUCAAGGCCUGAAAUGGAGCCCCGAUGGAAAAUGGAUAGCUGUCUGGGAUGCGGCAAGUGCAGGCACCAAAGUUCUGAUAUAUACCGCCGAUGGGCAUCUAUUUCGAACUUAUAAUGGUCUGCCAGAAGUGGACAGUGUCCUCGAUCUUGGAGUGCGAAGUAUAGAAUGGAGUCCAACAACUACCCACAGUGGUGGUUCAGAUUCGCUAGCGAUUGGAAAAAUCGAUGGCACAAUUGAUAUCCUGAAGACAAAGACAUUCUCUUGCUCAAUAUCGCUCUCACAUGUCUAUACAAUCGAUGAGCCCUCACCAAAUGCCUGGCAUGAGAGACUUUCUACCGCCGACGGGAGACUUGGAUACGCGGAGCUACCUACGUCUACUGCAUUUAGCAUGAUCUCAGAAUCCUCUGGCCCACCCCGGGGAUCUUCUAUCAUGACAUUCAGCGCCAACGGCGCUUUCUUAAGUACCGUGGAUCAGACCCGGCCCAACAUCGUCUGGAUAUGGGAUCUGCAGACGACUUCUAGUCUUGUUUCGACUCUGGUACACGAACAUCCGGUUCGACAAGUGGUAUGGCACCCGUCAAGAACAGAGCUCCUUAUCACCACGGCCAACGGUGCGGUGCCUGCCGUACGACAUUGGUCUCUUGAUAGGCCUCCAUCAAUCGUCGCUGUCCCAUUAUCACGGAGCGAGAAUGGGAAGUAUGACGUGAGAUGGGUGUCUCUAGCCCAAGACGAUGUUUCAUUGGUGUGGUUAGGGACGCCCGAGGAGUAUGUGCUUGGCCAUCUGUCGCUGGAGGACGAAAAUCAACAAUUCGUCGUCCUAAAUGCAGUGAGCAACAGACCUUCCAUUGGCCAGGGUUCGAAUAUGAGCAAAUGA